AUGUUCAAGAAGGAAGACAUUGACUACGUGAAUGGUGAACUUGGAGUUGACCCACAAGUCUGGAACACGUCCUCCCUCUUCUACUCCAAAAGCAGCCAGAUGCAGAUGCGAAGCGAUCUCGAGUUUGAGGCAUCCGAAUCUUGGUCCAACUUGGGUGGCAGUGCGGCUGCAGCGGAAUAUUUGAAGCAGAAACAGCAGGAGCAGGCUGAGGCUUCCCUGGUGCUACGCAAAGACUGCACUGAAUCUGAGAUUCGGGCAGCCACAAAGACUUGCGCCAAGUACUUGAAGAACAUCCUCAACCAGGACGUCUUUGCCGACUGCGUCUUCGAUGUUUGCCAUGGUGGAGGUGAGGCGGAGGCAAAGCGUGCCGCUUUGCUUUUUUCAGGUUAG